AUGUUUUAUUCCCUAAAAUGUUACAAGAUAUUUUUUUACUUUGCCUGUCAUCUAACAACUACGCAUGCUAAGAGUAAGAUUCUUACCAGUAAAAACAAUACAAAUUUAUUACACUUUAAUACAUAUAAAUGUAAAGAAGAUUACAAUCUUCGUAAUAAAAACCUAAAAUCUUACUACGAUAAAUUUAAAGAUAAUAAACAGCAACAAAGACUAUUAAAAACAGAAAUAAUAAAUUUACUGAAAUAUAGAUAUUUAAAAAGCAUGUAA